UGCAUUUGACCGUUGCACGCAACAUGGUGGACGGUGUGUAAACAGAAGCGAUGGACGCGGCUUAAAGGUUCAUUUUCAAAGAAACUCCGCUGUUCUCUGAUCGCAUGAAGCCGUGAAGGUGGAGGUCUUCGGUAAAACUGCAGAACUGGAAGCGGGGAGGUUUUUCAAUGCUGCUGUAGCUCAGGGGGGACUGCACCUGUGCGAAACUGUCAGGUGACCUCCGCGUGUGCAUCUCCUCUCAGGGUCUGACUGGUCUGAAAUCAGCGGGGUAACAUGCUUCCUGUCCGGCAACUCCUGCGGCUCAGGCCGGGGGUUGCUGUCAGCUGUGCCACUGGGCAGAGGAUCCAUAAACUGGCCUCGGUGCAGAAGGUCACAUCACUUCCCCCAAAGAAGUUGCGAAGCUUGCUGUACCCCUUCAGCGAGCUGGAGGCUUACCUGGACAGGUCUGUGGACCGGACACAGUUCCAGCUUUUUGAUCCCAGUUUGGAGGACAUGAUUGAGGCAGAGAAGCUCUUCCACUCUUCACCGUCUCAUAAGAUCGAUUACUAUAUCUCUGCAGAAAGGAUGGAGCACGCACCCGAUCUCAAACAGCCAGAGGUGUGUUUUAUCGGCAGGAGCAACGUGGGCAAGUCGUCUCUCAUCAAAGCUCUGUUUUCUCUCACCCCUGAGGUGGAAGUCAGAGUCUCUAAAACUCCAGGUCACACAAAGAAGAUGAACUUCUUCAGAGUUGGCAAAGCCUUCACUAUCGUGGACAUGCCGGGGUACGGACACAAAGCACCCCGAGAUUUUGUGGAUAUGGUAGAGCCUUACCUCUACACACGGAAAAACCUCGUGAGGACGUUCCUGUUGGUCGAUGGCAGCGUCGGUCUGCAGAAGGCUGACCUGAUUGCCUUGGAGAUGUGUGAGGAGACCGGAUGUCCGUAUGUGAUGGUGGUGACAAAGAUCGACAAAUGUGGAAGUGGCAUUCUGCUGACAAAUUUGCUGAACCUUCAGGAUGUGGUAAAGACAGAGACGACGAGCUGCUUCCCACAACCGUUUCUUAUUAGCUCACUCCAGUUUGGGGGUAUUUACUUGCUGAGAUGCUUCAUCGCUCACGUUACAGGCAGCAUCAGGUUGAAAGAGACGUCACAGAGCUGAAAAGAGGCCGACUCAGUCUCACUGAGAGGGGCAAACAUUUCUAAAAACAAAAAACAAAACAACAACAAAACCUGAUAUCCAAAGAACUGCUUCAGAGGCAUUUAUUUUCUAAUAAAAUGUGAAACACUCUG